GGCUGAGGCCUCAAAGACCUCAGGGACUUCUUUCAGUACUCACAGAAACCUACACCCUGGUGAUGGCACAUAGGGACUGUUUUCUUGCUCUAAGUCUGAAUGACUGCCAAAAAGGAAGGCAAAGGUAGAGCAGCUGGAUCUCUGGCUCUCCCCAUAGCUUCUAAUCUCAGACCUUCAUAAACUCCUUUCUGAGCCCGAGGACAAAGCUCACUUGAACAAAUGAUUUUGAGUCAUGAAUGAAAAAUCUUGCUCUUUCCACAAUGAGAAAGAAUUCAGAGAUGGACAGGUCGAAAGUGUGUCUGCUGGGAACUCUCCACCAAACGACAAGGACAGCAGUGCUCUUCUGGCUUUCAGAGGAAUUCCUAUCUCGGAGUUGAAGAACCACAGCCUCCUCCGGGCCCUGACAACAGAAGCUAAUGGAUGGGCGCCAGGUGUUGUGAGCCCCGAGGUGCUCAGAGCCCAGGAAGAAUGGGAAGCCGUGCAGAACAUCCAGCCAGAGACAGGAAGCCAGACAGACCAGCCUGCGCAGCUAAUCUCCUUCAGUGAGGCCCUGCAGCAUUUCCAGACCAUCGACCUCUCCUCCUUCAAGAAAAGAAUCCAGCCAACAAUUCGAAGGACUGGGCUUGCCGCCCUCCGGCACUGCCUCUUCGGGCCUCCAAAGCUCCACCAGGGCCUCCGUGAAGAAAGGGACUUGGUCCUGACCAUUGCUCAGUGUGGCCUGGAUAGCCGAGACCCAACACAUGGUCGAGUCCUCAAGACCAUCUAUAAGAAGCUGACCGGCUCCAAGUUUGACUGUGCCCUCCACGGCGAUCACUGGGAAGAUCUGGGCUUUCAGGGAGCAAAUCCAGCCACAGACCUUAGAGGAGCCGGCUUCCUUGCCCUCCUGCAUCUGCUGUACCUGGUGAUGGACUCAAAGACCUUGCUGAUGGCCCAGGAGAUUUUCCGCCUGUCUCAUCACCAUAUCCAGCAAUUCCCCUUCUGUUUGAUGUCUGUGAAUAUCACCCGCAUCGCAAUCCAGGCCUUAAGAGAGGAGUGUCUCUCCAGGGAGUGUAAUCGGCAGCAGAAAGUGAUCCCAGUGGUGAACAGCUUCUAUGCUGCCACUUUCCUCCACCUCGCUCAUGUCUGGAAGACGCAGCAGAAGACCAUUGCAGACUCGGGCUUUGUCCUCAAAGACUUGGAAGUGUUGGCCAAGAAGAGCCCACGGCGGCUGCUCAAGACCCUGGAGAUCUACUUGGCUGGAGUAUCGAAGGGACAGACCUCCUUGCUGGGAGCACAGAAGUGCCGUGGGGCACCAGCCCCUCACUCCAAGGACCUCACUUUCACAGGCGUGUGUGACCUGCCACCACACUCAUCCGAAGGCACUUGGCCGGUCUGACCACCGAGGCAAACCACAUCAGGAACACCUGGCUGGACCACGCCCCUUCCCAUCUCAGCAGAAGGGAUGUGGAAGCUCCCAGGCCUGGUCAGGGAAGCCAAGGACCCUCCUUCUAUUGGGACACAGGGGCAGUCAGACUUGACGCACUCCGUACAGAUCUGCGUCCUUUGCUGUCAUCUGAGUUGGGUUCCAGGUCAUCUCGGUGAGAGUGAAUGGAUCGUGAGGUGGGAGAGCCCCACCAGGAUGUUCCACACGCCCCCAGGUAGGGCUUUCAGACCCCUGGUGGCCAUAGGACAGGGACCAGACAGGGACAUAGAGUGUCUAGUUAGAAUAUGAAGGGAGGUGGCAGUGGCAGCAGCCAACAGGGGGCAGCAUGAACAAGAGCAAGACACCUGAGGCCACAGCUGGGCCCGCCCUCCUCUCCUCCAUCCACCAGGCCAGUAGAAGAACCCCUCUGGGGCUUCUGGCCUCCCAUUUGUCCCACCUCCUCUCCUCCCCGCUGUUUACGGUACAGAGCAGGGCCUCUGGCUGAGUCUCCAUUGCUGCCCGUCCUAGCUGCCUGCCAGCUGGGCUUCCCAUGGAGGUUGUGCGGUGCCCAUCACAGAUGGUUUUCUAGCCUGGUUGGGGGAAGGAGGAAAUCGGAAGUUAUUGAAUAAAAGAAUUGUUCUGGGUUAA